UCUUUAAAUACCCACCACGAAAUCUCUACUCUUAAACCUCACGACACUUCUCUCUCUCUAUUUACACCUUCUCUCUCUAAAAACUCACUUAAAAAAAAAAAAAGAAAUAAAUUUCAAAAAUGUGCCAGCAACCUUCAUCUCCUUGUUGUUGCAAUUGCAAAUCACCCAAACAAGUUGUUAAAGAUAUUCUAGACCCUUUUUUGAUCCCUCAAGAAAACCUCAAACAACCACCAAAAGUAAUCACACAAACUAACAACAACAAAAGUCAUCUUACUUUAGCUAUCAAUGAGGCCAUUUCGAUAGCGAAAAUCGCCAUCCCCAUGAUCCUCACGGGCCUCUUGUUGUACUCUCGCUCAAUGAUCUCCAUGCUUUUCUUGGGCCACCUAGGCGAGCUGGCACUCGCCGGUGGCUCAUUGGCUAUCGGGUUCGCUAACAUUACCGGAUACUCAGUUUUAUCCGGGUUAGCGAUGGGAAUGGAGCCCAUUUGCGGGCAAGCUUUCGGGGCGAAAAGACAUACUCUUCUUGGUCUUUGUUUACAAAGGACCAUUCUGUUGUUAAUACUGGUAUCGGUACCGAUUUCCAUUCUGUGGUUCAACAUGGAAAGUGUUUUGUUACUUUGUGGGCAGGAUGCGGAAAUUGCAACUCAAGCCCAAACUUAUCUUACGUAUUCGAUUCCGGAUCUUUUGGCUCAAUGUUUUUUGCACCCAUUGCGGAUUUACCUCCGUUCGCAGUCGAUUACUCUGCCGCUCACAUUUUGUGCGUCGGUUUCGAUCAUUCUUCACAUUCCCAUCAACUAUUAUCUCGUAAAUAUCCUUAACUUAGGACUUAAAGGUGUUGCAAUUAGUAGUGUGUUGACAAAUUUCAACUUGGUAGCUUCAUUGGUCAUUUACAUACUCAUUUCCGGUGUUUACAAGAAAACAUGGGGGGGUGUCUCGAGGGAAUGUCUAAAAGGGUGGAACUCGCUACUGAGUUUAGCGAUUCCGAGUUGUAUAUCGGUUUGUCUCGAAUGGUGGUGGUACGAGAUCAUGAUUUUGCUAUGCGGGUUGUUGGUGAACCCGCGAGCCACGGUAGCUUCAAUGGGGAUUUUGAUUCAAACCACGGCAUUGAUAUACAUAUUCCCGUCUUCGCUGAGUUUCAGCGUGUCGACUCGGGUGGGUAACGAGUUGGGUGCGGGUCGACCCGAACGGGCGAAACGGGCCGCGGAUGUUGGACUCACGUGUAGCUUUAUGUUGGGGUUUUCGGCUUUGCUUUUCGCAACAAGUGUGAGAAACUUGUGGGCGACUAUGUUUACUCAAGAUAAGGAAAUCAUCGCGUUGACCGCGAUGGUUCUUCCUAUCAUCGGUCUCUGCGAGCUGGGAAACUGCCCGCAGACGACCGGGUGCGGUGUCGUAAGAGGCACCGCACGGCCGAAAAUCGGGGCAAAUAUAAACCUUGGAUGUUUUUAUCUAGUGGGUAUGCCGGUUGCGGUAGUACUAGGAUUCUUUAUGGGAUUUGACUUCAAAGGUUUGUGGUUGGGGAUGUUGGCGGCGCAGAUGUCGUGCGUGGUUACUAUGUUGGUGGUUAUGAGGCGUACGGAUUGGGAGUUUGAAGCAGAUAGGGCGAAGAUGUUAACGUUAAGCGGUGACGGCGGGGACGGCGGUAACAACGUUGCUGUUAAAUAUGUUAAUGACAACGAAGAAAUUAAGGAAAAAGAGUACAAGUUAAUAAAACCUGAAAUCAAGGAGGAAGAAUCUCUGGGUUUUGGGGCUGAUUUAGUUUAAUGACUUCAAGGAUUCAGAUUUUUCUUUAUAUAAUUUUUAUUUUAUUUUAUUUUUUAAUAUUUGUAAUUUGUGUAAUGUGUUGUAAAGUAUAUAGUGGGGGAGAGGGGGUGGUGGGACCAUUUUUUGAUAGUUUAAGGCUUAACCAAGAGAAACAAUACUUAGAUAUUUUUUUCUCUUAUCUUUUUAUUAUCAUUUUUUUCUCAUCUUAUGAACACAUGAUAUUUUUUUUCC